UCUCCAGCUCUGCUUCUCUUUUCACUUCCCAAAAACCCAGGUAACAUCCAGCAGGUUGCUGUCUCUGGGGAAGAUGCUGAAGAAGAUGAAGGCACAGUGAAAACUUCUGGAAAGUGAGCCAUGUGUCCUUCUUAAAGCUGAAAAGUAGCCCCCUGAUAGGGUCAUGAACCUAAGACAAGUCUUUGUGUCUCUGCUGAUGUUUGGAGUAGCUGGUCUACUCCUCUUCAUAUAUCUUCAAGCUUGGAUUGAAGAACAACAUACAGAGUCUGGAGAAAAAUUGCAGCAGGAGAUAAUUAAUCAGGAUUCCACACUCCCACCCCUGGGGAAGGCAAGAAGAACAGCGUGGAGCAGGAGUGCUCCUCCUGACAUCAGGAAGCAGGAGAUGGCCCUCGUGGGCAGCAGGCACUGGCAGGGCAAGGCUGACCCUUUGGGCACGGUGGCUGCCGCUUUGGUGAGCCAGCUCUCUGCCCAGCAGCAGAUGAGUGAGCCACCUUUCAGCUGGUUCAGAGGGGUGUAUUUGCCUCCCCCUCUGCACCCAUUAAACAAGACCUUAGCCAAGGGUGGCAGGUGGCAGGCCGUGGGGAGCACCCAGGAGCAGCGCAGGUCCUUCCUGCACGGCUUCUGUCAGAAACACGGCGGCAGAAAGAAGCUGCAAACCCACCUGGGCCACCUGGUGUCGAGAAUCUACGUGGAGGACAGGCACAAGGUCCUCUACUGCGAAGUGCCCAAAGCAGGCUGCUCCAACUGGAAGAGGGUCCUGAUGGUGCUGAACGGGUUGGCGGCUUCGGCGCACAACAUCUCGCACGACGACGUGCACUACGGCAAGCACCUCAGGAGGCUGGACAGUUACGAGCCAGCAGGGAUAGCCUCACGCCUCAGCACCUACACCAAGGCCAUCUUUGUGAGGGAGCCUAUGGAGAGGCUGGUGUCUGCCUUCAGGGACAAGUUUGAGCAUCCCAACAGCUACUACCACCCGGUCUUCGGGAGGGCCAUCAUUAAGAAGUACAGACGCGACGCGGAGGAAGAGGCGCUGAAGACAGGCUCGGGAGUGAGGUUCAAGGAGUUCAUCCAGUACCUGUUAGAUUCCCAUCGCCCAGUAGGCAUGGACAUUCACUGGGAGCAGGUCAGCAAGCUCUGCCACCCCUGCCUCAUCAGCUAUGAUUUUAUAGGGAAGUUUGAAACCCUGGAGGAGGAUGCCAACUACUUUCUGCAGCUGGUAGGCGCUCCAGCCGAGCUGAAGUUUCCUAAGUUCAAGGACAGACAUUCCUCUGACCAGAGAACCAGUGCAGAAGUGGUGAGGCAGUACCUAAAGGAGUUGUCUAAGGAGGAGAGACAGAUGACCUAUGACUUCUAUUACUUGGAUUACUUGAUGUUCAACUAUACAUCACCAGUUGUAUAGCGCCAGAAUGCGCUUCAGGCUGCCACGAGAUAUAUAUCAUAGAAUCAUAGAAUGGUUUAGGUUGGAAGAGACCUCAAGGAUCAUCCUGUUCCAACCCCUUGCCAUAGGCAGGGACACCUCCCACCAGAGCAGGUUGCUCAUGGUGGGCUGCAAAACAAUUACAUUGCUAUCAGCCUCCAGAAGAAUGAGAGAUGCUGCUAAGUGGGGCUGCCUUGACUUAGAGAGGGAUAGAAUCACAGAAUGGUUUAGGUUGGAAAGGACCUCAAGGAUCAUCCAGCUCCGACCCCUUGCCAUAGGAAGGGACACCUCCCACCAGAGCAGGUUGCUCAUGGUGGGCUGCAGAACAAUUACAUUGCUAUCAGCCUCCAAAAGAAUGAGAGAUGCUGCUAAGUGGGGCUGCCUUGACUUAGUGAGGGAUGGA